AUCUCUAUUCACAUAGAGAAAAAAAAAAGACAAGAACAAAAAAAAAACUUGAGUAGACAGAGAGAAUCCAUCCCUCACAAAACCCAAAACCAAAAAAAAAAAAAGCACUCAAAGAACAAAUCGAAAUCUCAAAACUCUAUGAAACCUCGUCUUCCUUAGUCUUCUCCUUCGAUUUCACCUUCAAUGGAUGCUUGAUUUGCUCUGGUAACUGCGUUUGUUUACUAUGGAUCUGGAAAGUGUCAUGGCUGCUGAUGGGACGGACUCUGCUCUUGCAAAUGGUGGUGUAGCAGUGGAAGAUGUUGGUGUUGAAGGAAAUGGUGUUGAUUCUGGAGAGACCUUGGAUACUACUUCGGAUAGUCAGAAUGAGAAUUCUGGAGAUAGUUCCAAUUUGGAUGCAGUUGAACAGCCCAAAGAAGCAGCAGCUGAGGUCACACAAGGUGUAAAUGUAGAAGAUCAAGAGCAUGUUAAAGGCGAAAAGGCUCAACGGAAGCUUAAGCAUGAGAAACUCCCAGGUGGUAAGAAUGUUCCAUCGGUACAUGUCAAAAAGAACAAAGGUGCAGUUGCUAAAGUGGCAGCAUCGAAUGGUUCUGUUGCUCCUAAUGCUCACACAACAAAGUCUCUUAAGAGCACAUCAUCCAAUGGUAGAGCGGCUAAAGUAACAGAGCAUGGGAAGCAAGACUCUACACCAGCUGAAAGCACCACUGGGGACAAGGUGAAACCAAAGCCUCAAAAGAAACAAACCCAUGAGACAUCUGAAGAUGAUACUCAGUCUUCUAAUAGCCCCAAGGCAGACGAUGGCAAACCUCGUAAAGUUGGCGCACUUCCAAAUUAUGGAUUCAGUUUCAAAUGUGACCAACGGGCAGAGAAAAGAAGAGAGUUCUAUGUUAAGCUUGAGGAAAAGACUCAUGCGAAAGAAGAGGAGAUUAACAACAUGCAAGCCAAGUCCAAGGAAACAGAAGAAGCUGAGCUUAGGAAGCUGAGGAAGAGCUUGAACUUCAAAGCCACACCCAUGCCUAGCUUUUCUCAGCCGCCUAAAACAGAGUUAAAGAAGAUACCACCAACAAGACCCAAAUCUCCAAAACUCGGACGGAAGAAGACUGAUGCUGAAGAAACUCAAACCCCUCGCGUCAGUAGGCUGAGCCUAGAUGAGAAAGCCUCAAGAGAUCACCCAGCUGCUAAGGGAACUGCGGCAACGGUUGAUCCCAAGAAGCAACCGUUGCGCAAGUCACUUCCAAGAUUGCCAUCUCAGAAAACAACUCUCCCUGAUGGAAAACCAGCCGCCACAACCUCAGCAAAGGUGAAACCUGAAAGAAAGAAACUUGAAAAAGAUGCAGAAACUCAAAGCCAGUCUUCAAAUCCCAAAGAAGAGGAAGCACAAGUGACUGCAUCACCCAAUGCUGAUGGAGAAAAGGACUCGCAUGAGACUGUGUCUCCAAGGAUGGAUGAAGACAGAGUGGAGUCUGUUGAGGUAGCUGAAGCGGUUGCUGUUGAGCAUAAAGAGCUCUGUGUUAAUUAAGGAAGACAAGAGGAAAAGAAAGCAUGUAAUAGUUAUAUAUAUAUAUCUUCGACCAAAACUUGUUUGAGAAGAAAUGGGUAAAAGAGUGAAAAGAAUCAUUGUGUUUGGUUCUAAAGGUUGUUGCUUUUUUAUAUAUUUCUAUGUUUGAUGGUGUAAUGUUUUUAAUCUUUUAUGUUGUAUUUUGAUGUCGAGAUCUUUUUCUUUUUGAUGUUUUGAUUUCUAAAAAGUGAAUAUUCAGGAGAUUUGCUGCGUAUGCUCAGUGUA